CCCGCCUGACCGGGAGCCACGUGACCGCCGCGAAGAUGGCGGCGCCCACCGCGACCUUCCGCUGGCUCCUGCGCCGCCCGCCGCCGCUGUCYCGCCCGGGGCUGGCUGUCACCGCCGCCCCCCGCUCCUACGGCGUGCGGGCCUCCGACACCGGCGAGCUGGUGACGCACACSGGGCAGGUAUAUGACGCGAAGGAUUAUAGAAGAGUUAGAUUUGUCGGACGACAAAAGGAGGUGAACAAGAGUUUUGCAAUCGAUUUGAUAGCAGAGCAGCCUGUGAGUCAAGUUGAAAGCAGAGUGGUAUCAUGCGAUGGUGGUGGUGGAGCUUUGGGACAUCCUAAAGUAUACAUAAACUUGGACAAAGAGACAAAGACCGGAACAUGUGGCUACUGUGGACUUCAGUUUAAACAGAAACAUCAUUGAAAGAUUAUCCCUGUGUGCUUGCACAUUUCUGUUCACAUGUUAACGUUCAACUAUAAAUAAACAAUAUAUUCAGAAAGCCAAAUUUGUGUUUAUCUUAACU